AGACUGAUAAUAGGAAUGAGUAUAGAAAUCCCUGAAGGACUGACGGAGCUGUUACAGAGCUUUACCGUGGAAGUGUUGAGGAACCAGCCCAGGGAUUUGCUCGAGUUUGCGUUGCAGUACUUCACCCAGCUGAAGGAAAGAGAGACCAGAGAGGCCUCGUUUGGCAAUGACCAAAAUUCGGCCCCAAGACCUGGAAAAGCGGUCAAUUUCAUUGACGAAGCCAUGCAGAUCGAUUCUGAAAACGGAGAGGAGGACGACGACGAUGACGAGGAAUUCAUAGCCCCGGUAAUAAACAGAUUCAUCAGAAGAGCAUCAGUGUGUGCUGAAGCGUUCAAUCCUGAUGAAGAUGAUGAGGAAAAAGAGCCAUGGGUCACCCACCCCAAAACCGACGAGCAGAGACAGAGACUACAGGAAGCAUGUUGGGACAUUCUUCUGUUCAAGAACUUGGAUGCGGAGGAGAUGUCUCAGGUGCUGGAUGCUAUGUUUGAGAAGUUCUUCACUGAAGGGGAGCACAUCAUUGAUCAAGAUGAUGAUGGAGACAACUUUUAUGUUAUUGAAAGUGGGAAGUUUAACAUUUUCGUGAAGGUUGAUGGCACAGACAAGCUGGUAGGCUGCUAUGACAACCGAGGCAGCUUUGGAGAACUGGCGCUGAUGUACAACACCCCCAGGGCAGCCACAAUAAUCGCCUCCUCGCCUGGAGCCCUUUGGUGCCUAGAUCGUCUGUCAUUCAGGAGGAUUAUAGUGAAGAACAAUGCCAAGAAAAGGAGGCUGUAUGAGGCUUUCAUGGAAACACUACCACUGCUUACAUCAUUAGAGCUCUCAGAGAGGAUGAAGGUAGUGGACGUAAUAUCCACCAAGGUUUACAGCGACUCACAGCAGAUUAUUGCUCAGGGUGAUUUAGCAGACUGCUUCUACAUUGUUGAGUCUGGCCAAGUUAGAAUCACCAUGAAAAGAAGCAGGACGAAAAAAGACCAGGAGGAUGAGGAGGUGGAAAUCGCCACAUGCACGAGGGGCCAGUAUUUUGGAGAGCUGGCGCUCGUCACAAACAAGCCCAGAGCUGCAUCAGCGUAUGCGGUGGGAACCGUCAAAUGCUUAGCCAUGGACGUCCAAGCCUUUGAGAGAUUGCUGGGCCCGUGCAUGGACAUCAUGAAGAGAAACAUAGCUAACUAUGAGGAGCAGCUGGUGACCCUGUUUGGAAGUAGCACUGAGAUUGAGCAACAAAGUGUAUGAGACAGCUCCAAUGGACCAUGAAUCGGUGGAUGAAAAUAAAAAACGAGGCUUGUAUGGAUGUCUUUUCCCCAUAAUCACUUAAACAGCUUUUUCUUACAAAUGUGAAUAUCCAUUUUAACAUGUGUGUGUGUGUCAAAUAAAUAAAACAGUCUACGCCAGAAUCCCAUAUGAGACUAGGUUCAUUUUAGCAGACUUUGCCACAUAGUGUUACGAUGAAAGUAAAGUGAGCAAAAGCAGAGUUGCUUAAAGCUUGUUGGAAUUAGAUUUUUCACGACUCUCACCUUAAAAGCGUACGUUUUAAUUGUCAGUGUCAGAUACAUUCAUUGUUUGUAUAUUGAACACUUUUGUUAACGCUCACCUUUCCUCCACAAUGUUAGUUACACCUACAGUAUAAUAUCGUUUGUAAAUUUCUAAACAUUGUUUGUUAAAAUCAGAUGCCAAAGCUAAUUUCUUACUGGAUAAUUGUGAGCCAAUAUGUCACAAUCUCUUGUCAUUUUGGCAAGAGCACUAACAUUGGCAGCAUGGGUGCAAAAGUGCCCCAAACAUGAGAAGGAAUAACAAUUUGUAAAAGAAGUUGAUUUGAUAACGUAUUUCUGAUUUUGAUCAAAACAGAAUGUUGACUUGGCAGUACUUUAAAUGCAAAACAAAAUGCAUUUCUGUUCAUCAUAAGAUUUAAUCCCUUGAACAAAUGUUAAUACACUGUAUAUCAUUGGUAAGUGUGUUUGUGGCUGUUAGCCUAAUACUAUGCUUUUGCAAAAAAAAAAACUUCAGAGAGAUAGCUGAUAGUUUUGUAUGAAUAUACCACACAUUGCUGUACAAUUUGAAACUGAAUAUUUACUGUUAUUAUAUAGGCCCAGCUUUAAUUUAAUAAGUUGCCCCACUAGACUGUAGUCAUUAUAGGCAGUGUCUUGAAACUAUUGAUUUUCUUGUGUUUUAAUGUAAAAUUCAAGUCAAAUUGUUUUUGUGUCAGUGAAACAUACAUUAUGAUUAUGACACCCAUUAUUGCUGUCUACCUCUGCCAACAACGUAUACUGUUUGGAUACACAUAUUAUGAUGUUCCCUCUAAACAGGAAUCUAAAGUGGGUCUUUUCUCUCUCUCUCCUCUUCUCUAUCUUUUUAAGAUUAAUAAUUGAAGUAUUCUGUAUUUUGUCUGUGGUUUACUGCAGUUUACACUGGUAGAGCUGGUUUAACAUUUAAACACUCUUAAUUUAUCCCACCCCUUGUGCAGGUUAGUGCUGGUCAUUUUUGAAGGCUAACCCAUAAU